UGCCAUCUUCUCAACUUCCUUCUCCACACCCUGUCUUCACUCAUUUGGCUGAGAAGGAGACACGAGGGGACAUCGCAUCUCGCUCCUGUCCUGUCCUGAUCUCCUCCUGUCUCCCUUCCAUCUCCCCUCCUUCUUGUCCCGACCCGAAACGCUCUGCCUGUGUCUAGCUGUCUCCAGCUUGCCGGGCCUUUGCUUUGUAUUAUUUUAUUUCAUUUUUUAUAUAUAUUAUUUAGGAAAAAAAGGAGCAGCAUAACAAGAUGGCUUUUAUGAAGAGCUGGACUCUCACUCUGUCUUUGUUUACAUUUGCAGUUCUACUGGGUUCCUCCAAGGCCCAGCAUGAGCCGGGCUAUUGUGCUUUCUUUGGGGAGUGUGGCAUCAACCCGAGCAUAGAGGACCCUCUGAUAAUAUCUCAAGUGCCCUGCCUGAACUUCACCCCCGCCAUGGUACCUGAGGACUACGCUCACUAUGCAGACAUUCAGUCAACGUGUCCCAUGCUGGAUAUGGGAAGCAUGGCUAACACCAGGAUCUGCUGCACCAAACCCCAGCUGAAGGCCUUGAAGGCCAGUCUGCAGCUGUCCAAGGCCGUGCUGAACCGUUGCCCGUCCUGCGCGGACAACUUUGCCCAUCUGCACUGCAUCACCACUUGCCAUUCCAACCAGAGCCAGCUCGUCAACGUCACGCGCACCAUGAACCUGACGGUCGAGAUGGAAGUUCCCGGCACAAACUUGCUGCAGAACGUGACGCGCGAGGCCGUGGUGGGCUACGAGUCGUACAUAUCCAAGCGUUUCGCGGACACCUCUUUCGGCUCGUGCCAGAACGUGCGCAUCCCGGCCACGGGCGGCUACGCCAUCGCCACCAUGUGCGGGCGCUACGGCCACAAGCUGUGCACCGCGCAGCGCUGGUACGACUUCCAGGGCGACUCGAGCAACGGCCUGGCGCCUCUCGACGUCUCCAUACGCAUCUUGCCCGAGGGCCAAUCGGCGCCAGAGGGCAUGCUGAUGUACGACGGCCCGGCGCUGAAAUGCAAUGAGGUGACGCCCACUGGCGGCAAGGCCUGCUCGUGCCAGGACUGCAAGGAGUCCUGUCCCGCCAUCACUCCCCCAACGCCAGCCCCCGGACCCUUCAAGCUCGGACAGAUGGACGGGGUGUUGGCUAUCUGCCUCAUCGUCUUCAGCGUCCUCUCCGCGUCCUUCUUGGCCUUGAGCGUGUUCAGGUAUGCGAGGCGUCCUCGGAAUGGGAACGGCAAGGGUGGGAAGGACUCCGAGAAGGGUCGUAAGAAUAAAGACAAGAACGGCAACGAGGUGCCGGCGGCGCACCCCAUCAUCCACCCCAGCGAGGUGUCGUGCACCGACCGGAACAGCCUGGCCACUCAGGAGUUCCUGGGCUCCUUCUUCCGGGCUUGGGGCAUCAUGAUGGCCAAGAACCCCUUUAAGGUGCUGCUGGCCUGCCUGGUUCUGGUGGUGGUGUUCGCCGCGGGGCUGCACCGCCUCGAGCUGACCACCGACCCCGUCCAGCUGUGGUCGUCGCCCUCCAGCCGGGCCCGCCAGGAGAAGGACUUCCACGACUCGCACUUUGAUCCCUUCUUCCGCACCAACCAGGUGAUCCUGACGGCACCUGGGCGCCCCGGACACAUCUAUGACUCCCUUGUCUUCGGCAAGCAGAACUUCAGUGGAAUACUCUCGAAAGAUCUCAUAUUGCAGCUGAUGGACCUGCAGAAGAAGAUCCAGGACAUUGAGUUUUACUCCGAAGACCUCAAGCGUAACGCCAGCCUGAAGGACGUCUGCUUCGCCCCCCUGAACCCCGGUAAUCCCAGCCUCACUGACUGCGCCGUCAACAGCCUGCCCCAGUACUUCCAGAACAGCGCGGAGAACCUGGAUAAAAAAGCCAACAUGACCCAGCUGGGGGAGACGCGGGAGGUGGACUGGAGGGACCACUUCAUCUACUGUGUCAACUCUCCGCUGUCCUUUAAAGACAUCACGGCAUUGGGCAUGAGCUGCAUGGCUGACUAUGGAGGUCCAGUCUUUCCCUUCCUGGCGGUGGGAGGAUAUGAAGGUCUGGAUUAUACCAACGCUGAGGCCCUGAUCAUGACCUUCUCACUGAACAACUACCCUCGGGACGACCCCAAGUUCAAGGUCUCGCUCCAGUGGGAGCAGCACUACAUCGAUAUCUUACAGGCUUACCAGAAGGAUCCCAAGAACAACUUCACCUUUGCUUACAUGGCUGAAAGGUCCCUGGAGGAUGAGAUCAACAGGACCACAGCCGAGGACAUCCCCAUCUUCAUGAUCAGCUACGCCGUCAUCUUCCUCUACAUCGCCCUGGCCUUGGGAGAAUACUCCUCCUUCAAACGCAUACUGGUGGACUCCAAGCUGCUGGUGGGUCUGGGUGGUAUCCUGGUGGUGGGCUGCUCUGUGCUGGCCUCCAUGGGCUUCUAUGCCUGGGUCGGCAUCCCCUCCUCACUCGUCAUCCUACAGGUGGUGCCUUUCCUGGUGCUGGCUGUUGGCGCUGAUAACAUCUUCAUAUUUGUCUUGGAGAUUCAGAGAGACAGGCGGCGAGCGGGCGAGUCAUCGGAGGAGCAGAUCGGUCGGGUUCUGGGCAACGUGGCUCCCAGCAUGCUCUUGUGCAGUCUCUCAGAGUCUGUCUGCUUCUUCCUGGGUGCUCUGAGCACCAUGCCGGCGGUGCGCUCCUUCGCGCUGUACGCCGCGUUGGCCGUGCUGAUGGACUUCAUGCUGCAGAUGACGGCCUUCGUGGCGCUGCUGGCCCUGGACGCGCGCCGGCAGGAGAGCAACCGCUGCGAGGUGGCCUGCUGCGUCAAGGUGUCUCAGCCGCGCAACGCCGAGCCCAACGAGGGUCUCUUGCUGCCCCUUAUGAGGAAGUACUACGCCCCCGCCCUGCUCCACCCUGUCACCAGGAUAGUGGUGAUGGUUCUCUUCCUGUUCAUGUUCUGCGGCUCCAUAUUCCUGAUGUUCCAUGUGAAAGUGGGACUGGACCAAGAGCUUUCCAUGCCAACAGACUCUUACAUGCUGGACUUCUUCAAGUUCCUCAACCUGUAUCUGGAGGUGGGCGUGCCCACGUACUUCGUGACGACAAAAGGUUUCAACUUCACCAGUGUGAAAGGCACCAACGCUGUGUGCUCUAGCGUGGGUUGUGACCCGUUCUCCCUAACCCAGAAGAUCCAGUACGCCACUGAGUACCCAGACCAAUCCUAUCUAGCAAUCCCAGCGUCCUCUUGGGUGGAUGACUUCAUUGAUUGGCUCAACCCUGGCUCCAAAUGCUGUAGGCUGUACACCAGUACUGCCCCAAAAGACCCCCCCAUCGGCUCAUUCUGCCCAGCCUCAGAGACUGAGAACAUCUGCAGGCGCAAGUGUAUCCUCUUUCCGCCGUUGGAUGGCGUGCUCCGGCCCACUGUGCAACAGUAUGACCGCUUCCUACCCAACUUCCUCAGCAACCGGCCCGACCUGCAGUGCCCCAAAGGUGGCUUGGGGGCGUACGACAAAGCAGUGGUCAUGGAUGAUUCGGGAGAGAUUAUAGCAACUCGAUUCAUGGCGUACCACACACCGUUGAAAAACUCCCAGGAGUUCACGGCUGCCCUACGUCGGGUGCGAGAGCUGGCUGCUGACAUCACAGAGGGCAUGAGGAGGAUAGAGGGCACUGACCCCAACUUUGAGGUCUUCCCCUACACCGUGACCUACGUGUUCUACGAGCAGUACGUGACCAUCGUGAACGAGGGCCUGUUCAACAUCUCGCUGUGCCUGCUGCCCACCUUCGUGGUCUGCUGCAUCCUGCUGGGCAUGGACCUGCGCUCAGGAGCCCUCAACCUGCUCACCAUCGUCAUGAUCACCGUGGACACCGUGGGGGUCAUGACCCUCUGGAGCAUCGACUACAACGCCGUCUCGCUCAUCAACCUGGUCACGUGCGUGGGCAUCUCGGUGGAGUUUGUGUCUCACCUGACGCGCUCCUUUGCUCUCAGCAUCCUGCCCACGCGCGUGGAGAGGGCUAAGGAGGCCACCGCCAACAUGGGCAGCGCGGUGUUUGCUGGUGUAGCCAUGACUAACCUGCCAGGCAUCGUGGUGCUGGCGUUUGCCAAGGCGCAGCUGAUCCAGAUCUUCUUCUUCCGGCUGAACCUGGUCAUCACUCUGCUGGGCCUGGUGCACGGCCUGGUCUUCCUGCCUGUGCUCCUCAGCUUCUUCGGGCCCGGGGUGAACAAGGCCGUGCUUCUAGAGCUCCAGAAGAAGAAAGCCAUGGAGCUGGAGGCCUACACCAACAGCAAGGCCUACGAGAACAUGGCCUACAAGGAAGACCUGGACAAACCACAGAGCAACCACACGGAGACGCCUGCACCCAGGCAGCAAGACACCAAGCCAACGACAGAGCAAGAACCAGAGCCAGGAACCACACAGGAGACCACUGUCACCAAUAUGUAAAAAAUGGACAAAUGUUUCGUCAAACUCUUCCUCAACUCUUCCCAGCAUGUUACCAGUCACAUAUACCUCCAUGUUUUUUGUUUUGUUUUUUUUUGACUGGAACUGUUGAGGAAAAUAUGGGAAAGGAGUGAGACAGCAACAGAGAGGUGGUUGGUUUUGGACUUUAUUUAUGGGAGUGAAACGACAGAGGCUAUGACACACCCUGUGCAAUAGCAGUGUUUGGACUACGUUGGCUGGGCACUGCACAUGGAGCUUUUGGGGCUGAAGGUCUUGAACUGUUUAUAACUAACUAGCUUCUCUGCUGUGGUAAUGGCAAGAUAGGCACGACCUUCAAAGCUUAUCAGAAGUGCACACACCUACAUAGAAGAUUACAGUACCUACCUACCUACCUUGACAGAAUGAUUCACAAACAUGGAGUCAUCUGGAAAGACUAACAAACUAACAAGAGACUAACGGACCCCUAAAGUGUGUGUACGUGUGUGUGUGCAUGUGUGUAUGGGGAGAGAGAAAGCGAGAGAGAGGGAGAGUGCGAGUGUGCAAGAAAGAUGACAGCCAGUUUCUUUAAUGACUGCCAUCACAGUACAAGAGUAUUUACUGUACGUACCAAGUGAUCAGACAGGACAGACAGCUUGCCUUGCACAGGGUUUUAUGCUUCUGCAGAGUUGACGUUUGGCCUUUUAUCUUGCCUCUUGUCCGACAGUGUGCUGCUACUGGGCAGCCACGGGGAGACUAAUUUAUGAAUGAUGCACUGGAAUGAGCAAAAUUUAAGCUAAAAAAAACCCUCAUUGGUCAAAUAAGACAAAAGAUAUACAAUAGGUGGUAUUACAAGGUUGACUUCAUCAUGGAUGCAUCGUCGACCCUUGUCGUCAAUGAAUAGAAAAUGUAUAUUUAUUUAAUUGAAGUGUUUUGUACGUGUGUGAAUGUAACAUGGUUUCAUGAUUUUUCACCAUGGCGUUAGAUAAAUCCCGUUAUGAAGCGAAGCAGGAAAAAUGUAGCCAGGACGUGCCCUCCUAGUGGCGCAACAUUUCAGAGUUGCUUCUAGUCAGGCCAAGAGCAAUACAAAUAUUGUUUCUGAACUCCUCCCAAUUUGUCAGGAAGCAUACAACCAUUAGAAAACCAAGGGAGGCAGGUCAACCAUGCCAUAUGGGAAAUGUUAAUUGUUAUGCUCUUGGUCAGACCAAGUCUCGAAGAGAUUUGAAAGCCGAUGAUAAUUAGGAUAGGAGAAAUGUGCACCGGUUUACAUAGAAAACAGUGGGGUGUAUAGUACGUAAGUUUAUCUAUUCUACCGGAUGCUACUAUUCCUGCUUCAAAUGCAUGGAAUAGAAGGUGUCUGACGUCUCACGAAAAUUGUGAGAGGCUGGAGUUGCACUCUGAACUAGUUAUGUAGAUUUUCCCUAGACACUGCCCUCUCUGGCCCUUGCAGCAUAGCAUUUAAAGCCAUUCCAACCUUUUUUUGUUUCAACCUUAAAAUAAUGGAAUGAUGUCAAAUUGGAGUGCUACCUGGAACUGGUGCUUUGUAGAGAUGACAGUCUUUGGUGACAAGUUUAAUCUAUUUCAGAAUUAGUGAACUACCAAGACAUUCAUCUUUUUGUUUAGUGAAGAUGCAUUUAUUUUAAUGGGCACAAGUGCUUUGCAAGAAGUUGAGUGCCUUGGCUUUUCAUUACCUGAUCAACUGAGAGACAACAUAAUUUUCAAACUAGGGAAUAUUACAUCUGGCCCGCGGGGUCAUUUUAUUUGGCCCAUGAGAUCGUUUCGAAUGUGUGCCCACACAUAUCAUUAACAUGACUUGACAUUUGGUGUGUCCAUUUGCUGAGACCAAUGUCACAUCUCCCACUGAUACUAUAUAUGAGUGUUUGUGAAAUCUGCCUUUAAGUAUUAAGUGAGUACCUGCAUUUUUUAAGCCCAUUUUGAAAAUAUAAAUAUUGAAUUCAGCCCACAACUUCAUCCAAGAUUAAAAUUUUGGUCCCCUGUGAAUUCGAGUUUGACAUCCCUGCCAUAGGGUGAUCAAAAAAGAGGUGAAGUAUUGGUGUCAAUCUGUCACACUCCAAAUGUACAGUAUGCAAUAAAUGCACCCAUUGGGUGACAUGGAUUCGUAGCUAAGGAAGAAGCCUUAGCUAUUAAGGAACAUGUGUAAUAUUAUUUUGUAUAGCUAUUUGACUUGUGUUUAUGUUUAUAUAAGUAAUCAAUGAAAUAAAUGUGUUUUUGUUGA